CCAUUCUUCUACCACCACCAUGCCUCGUUUCUCCUUGCCGCGUCUCCUCUCCUCCACCGCCACUUUCCACCUCCGUCACUUCUCAACCAAUUCAAUAGAACGGCUGCGUAACGUUUGGAUCUCAGGACUCAUUGAUCCUGCCAAGGUAACCGUUUCAGAGAGGUACAUGUUGUACACAGGUCAGAUGAAAAAAAUGGAAGACGCUAGAAUUAAAAGUGAGAGGAGAGAUAGGUAUCUUCAGGUUGGGAUAGAAAAAGGGCGACGUGACAGAGCAAUGGGUAUUAUAGAAGAUUUUUCUCCAAAUCAGGCCAAUCAUGUCUCGGCAGAUAUCACUUUCUUCAACUGGAAAAACCAUAAGAUGAGCGUAAUUAAUACACCUGACUAUUUCCCCGAUGAGGUUGAGGUUGAGCAUGCUCUGCGUGCCUUUGACAGUGCCAUUCUUGUUCUUUGUAGUGUUGGUGGGGUGCAAAGCUACUCCGUUACUGAGAAUAUGCAGCAUAUGAUAAGAUAUGACUUUCCAAGACUUGUAUUUAUCAACAAUGUUGAUCAGAAGGGAGCAAAUCCGUGGGAAGUUUUAAAUCAGGCAAGUUUCAUGCAUGGUCAUGAUGUUGAAAGUGCUGCAAUCCAAGUUCCAAUAGGCUUGGAAGAUGAUUUUAAAGGACUUGUUGAUCUCGUGCAAUUAAAGGCCUACUAUUUCCAUGGUUCAAAUGGAGAAAAUGUUGUUGUUGAAGAAGUUCCUGCAGACAUGGAUUCCUUAGUGUCAGAAAAAAGGCGUGAACUUGUCGAAACUGUGUCACAGGUGGACGAUAAACUUGCUGAAGCUUUUUCUAGUGACAGGCCUAUAUCAGCAGCUGACCUUGAGGAAGCAAUUCGUCGGGCCACCAUAGCACGAAAAUUUAUACCAGUAUUCAUGGGUAGUGCUUUCAAAUAUAAGGGCCUACAACUACUUUUGGAUGGUGUACUUAAUUAUUUGCCGUGUCCAUCCGAUCCUAGUAAUUAUGCUCGCAACCAAUCUAAGAAUGUGGAAAUGGUACCAAAUUCAAAGAAACAGGAUGAACUUGUGGCAUUGGCUUUCACAUUGAACAGAAAGUAUGCUCCAAUAACAUACCUAAGAAUCUAUGAGGGUGUCAUUCGGAAGGGAGAUUCUAUUACAAAUGUUAACACUGGCGAGACGUUCAAAGUUCCUGGUUCGAUUGAGAUACGGCAAGAUGACAUGGGGGUCCCUCGUACAUGUGUGAUGCGAAUUGAUGACUUUGGGAUUCCUUAUUGGAAUAGCGUGCGUAAUGAUGAGGCGAUUCACGAGGUUCAUGCUGGAGAAAUAGUUGCUUUACACGAUGUCAAUAGUCUAUCAGGUUCUACUUUUCUCUUCUCUCAAAGCAUAUGCUGCAUUUCCUAAAUUCUACGUUGCGCUUUUUCGUAAGAUAGAGUUUUUCUUGAAUCUGUUGUCAGUGGUCUAAGUUGUUUGUCAAUACUGUAUAUUCUAGCAUACUCCAGAAGUUCAUAUAGCAUAGCAUAUAUCUUAUCUUAUCUUAAUAUAUAUAAAUGGAGUAUUUGAUUUUGUUUCCUGUUACAAGCAAAGCAGUAAAUGCCAUUUGAUUUUAUUUUCUAAUAUUGAAAGUUGUUAGAGUUGUGUUUUAGGUUUAUGUCUUCUUCAACUUUGUUGCCUCUGAUAUUUGUGUUUAUCUUAUGUAGAUUGUUGGAGACACUUGACAAAUAAAUUUGAUGGAAGUAAAGUGAACACCACCUAUGGAGGAUUCUACUAAAAUGUGUAGCCGUGUUAACAUAUCUAUAGGUGUCUGAUUAUAGCUAGUGUCUUUAUAGUUUUAUUCGGAGGAAGAGAUUAUAUUUAUAUUCAUUAAUCUGCCAAUCCUAAUUCCUAAAAUAGUAAAAGUUAGGUGGAGAAUUUGGUCUUCAAGGAAGCAAAUGUCAUUACACUAAUUAGGUAGCAAAUGUCAUUAUAGUGUCUUUAUAGUAUUUGGUGGAGAAUUUGACUCUUGACAUGAAUUUAGGCAUAUAUAUAUAGCUUUUUGGGUUCUCAACUAUUUAUGAUAUUAGUAAUAUCAGUAGAUUUUUUUUUAUAGUUUGAUUCAUGUUAAGUUAUUUUUUUAAGACAAUCCAUGUUAAGUUAUCUAUUUGAAGGUUUUUAGACUAAAUUUGUUUGCUAAUAUUUAAUUAUUAUUAU